UGAGUUAAGAGGGACCUGAAAGCAAAAGAGAUUCUCUAUUUUGAAAUCCGCUUCGUUCCGGGUCGGGUGCGCCGGGUAAUGAUUCACUUCUCGCGGGCGGAAAAGAGAAGUGAGCAGCAGAACCAAAUAAUUGCAGAAUGCCGUUCAUUAUCAUUUCAUUUGUCCUUCUUUUCUAAUCCGGGUCCGGUUUUGCCGGGGCGGUAACCGCUAAACCACACAGUGAGACGACGCCGUUUCCUCCCUGAUCAAACCCCUUCUGUCAGAUCCCCCCCCCCCCUCUCUCUCUCUCUCUAAUUUUCUCUUUGUUCUCUACCUAUUUUCUUGCAGAGUGUGAACGUGCUGCAUUACCUACAUCUUGAGAAUUGAGUAAUCAUCUACAGCAGGUCAUUAUAAUAUUGCCGUCCAUUACAUUUGUCUGCAUGAGAACACGUGGGGCUGCUUCUGCUCUUUCCACUAGUUGAUUCUGUUUACAUAGUUGCUUGAGCUUCAGACUGAGUUUUGCUUCGUUGAUAUUCAAGGUGAAAGUUUAUUAUCUGAACCUGGGUCUAAGUUGUUUGGAUAUACUUGACUAUACCGAUUAAGAUGAACAUGCAGCAAGUUGUGCAACCCAGAUCUUCUCCUAAUGGAUAUGGCAGUCAUAAAAUUGAAAAAAAUACUGCGCCUAGGUUUGAUUGUAAGUUUCAGACUGGGAAAACAACUUCUGGCCUGGCUAGUUUUGGAAGGGUACUUGAAUCAAAUUCACGCGAUCGACUAAUAUAUGCAACAACAAGCCUCAUCGGACAUCCAGUGGAAGUGCAGGUGCUGGAUGGAUCUGUAUUUUCUGGAAUAUUACAUGCUACAAAUGCAGAGGAUUUUGGAAUUAUUCUGAAAAUGGCACACUCGACUAAGGAUGGUUCUGGGGGACAGAAAAGUAUUUCAGAUUCUCACACCAGUCCUCCUUCAAGGACUCUGAUUAUACCUGCUGAGGAUCUCGUGCAAGUGAUAGCAAAGGGCGUUCCUGUAACAAGGGAUGGGUUCACAAAUGAGCUCCAGAAUGAAAAGCAGCGAGAGCUUAUGACAGAUUCCUGCAUAUCACAAUCCCGAUAUGUAGAAGUUGGGAGAGAGCUGGAGCAUUGGGUCCCCGAUGAAAAUGAUCCUGGGUGUCCUGAACUGGACAAUAUAUUUGAUGGUCCUUGGAAUAGAGGCUGGGAUCAGUUUGAAGCAAAUGAAACUUUAUUUGGAGUGAAGAGCACCUUCAAUGAGGAGCUUUACACAACAAAGCUUGAGAGAGGCCCUCAGAUGAGAGAAUUGGAAAGAGAAGCUUUACGGAUAGCUAGAGAGAUUGAGGGUGAGGAUACCCUUGAUUUUCAUCUGGCAGAGGAAAGAGGUAUUCAACUUGAUGGAUAUCUUGAAAUGGAUGAAGAAACCCGAUUUUCGUCGGUCUACCGCGGAGCCGAUGACAGUGGAUAUGACGAGAUUGAGGACAUAUUAUUGGAUUCACGAAAUAAUGAAACAUUUGGAGGUGUCUCUGGUUCUCUUACAGGUGACACUCAUGUAGAUAGGAGUCCUGGGAAUGCCCGAGAUGGAACUCAACUAUCAUCCAGAUCUUCAUCGCUGGUAUUUCUAAUUUCGAAAAAUGUCUUUCUUUGUCAUUAUACCUGGCAUUAUAACUACUUUACGGUCAUUUGCUAUUUUCCCACUCUUUAUGAAAUCAGCAGGGACGCAUACCAUCCAGGUUCUGAGAGUCAUGCUUUACAGAUGUUAGCUGAACAGCUUCCUAAAAGUUGGUCUGCAGUUGAUGCUUGCAGGUUUGAUGAUAGCCAAAUGAUUGGACAUGCUGACACUAGUUACCCGAAGGAGGAUGAAGAAAAGCAAAAGCCACAUGAUCAGAGCCAAGUAUCAAAAGCUGACGAUAAACACUCAUUUCUGAGAGUAAAGAAAGAAAGCUGUGAUAAGAUUGGAUUAUCUCCGAAUGCCACUGCAUCUGAUCCAGCACAUGCAUCAUCCAAAGGUCAGGAAAAGGCGAGCUCUUCUAAUGCGUUAUCAGAAGGUGCUGCUUCUCCCAUGACACAAGGAACAACUAGUUCUCUUGCACGUCCCAGUAGUUCUGCAUCAUCUACUUCCGAUCGAGGAGGUGCUACUUCAACUUCUGCUGGCCGGGGACUGUCACCAAGUUCAUCUGUUUGUUCUUUGUCGUCGGAGAAGUCAACACUCAAUCCACAUGCUAAGGAAUUUAAAUUAAACCCUAAUGCAAAGAGUUUCAUCCCGUCGCACACACCUCUAAGACCUUCUUCUCCAGUUUCUGAUGGUCCCUUCUACUAUCCAGCUAACAUGACUGCUCCUACACAUAUGCAUGCUGUACCUGUUGGUAUUGGGAUUGGACCUUCUAUUGCUGCACAGCAACCUGUUAUAUACAAUCCACAGGCUGCACCAAUGCCCCAGCCGUUUUAUCAUCCAAAUGGGCUACAGUAUGGACAGCAGAUAAUAAUGGGACAGCCUCGGCCAGUUUUAUACAUGCCAAUCUAUCCCCCCGAAAUGCCGUACAAAUGAAGGGAGUUCGAAUGAAUGUUGGCAAAUAUCAUUUGUAGAUUCUGUUUCUGGUGGCAGAUAGAAUUUCAAACGGCAUUAUUUGGAAAAAUUUUGGUGUGAACCCAUCAGCUGACAAAAUACUUGACAGUUCUGGCGACCUUGUGUGCCAAUAGGAGAUUCGCUCCCUUUUCAAAAACUUCUCAAUGCCAGUGCAUAUCCACAUUCUGAAGUCUCAUAGUGUUCUAAAGCACUUCAAAUUUCACCUUCCUAUAUCAUUUUUGGUUCAUGAUUCAGUUUAGAUGUGGGCUUAUAUGAUGAUGAACUUCAUUUUUUGUUGUUUUUGCUUCAAGUAUGUUCGGUGAUAAAUUUGUGUGAUCUGUGAGUUUUGGAGUGAAAUUUGGGAUUUCAGAUAUAGGUGAAGUUGUGACCAUGGGAAUUGUUAAGUGUUUGUUAUUCUAAAGAGUUUUGUGAUGGUGAAUGUUGCGGGUGGAUGUUUUCCUGUGUUAA